UGGUUUAUACAUCAUUCAGUGCUAGUCUUCAGUGCGGUGCAGAUUAGGUUUAUACUAACGAUUUUUUGGUGCGAUUUUUCGUGUUUGUCGGGAGCAGAAGCCGUGUGGUGUUUGGAAAAAAUCGUGAAAAAUGGCCUUCAAGUUUGUAGUGUUUGCCUCCUGCCUGUUGGCGUUCGCCGCUGCCUACCCGGGUGGCUAUGAGGACUACUACGGCGCUUCGGAACAGGAAGCCGAACACGACCCGCACCAGUACGGACAGAUUGCGCGGAUUUCGCUCGGCGACGGAGGCCACGGACACCACGAGUAUGCCCACCAUGAGGACGAGCAUGUUGAUUACUAUGCCCCACCAAAGUACGCCUUCAAGUACGGAGUGAACGACUUCCACACCGGUGACGUUAAGAGCCAGCACGAAACCCGCGACGGUGAUGUCGUCAAGGGCCAGUACUCCCUGGUCGAACCGGACGGUUCGGUGCGCACCGUUGACUACACUGCCGACAAGCACAGCGGGUUCAACGCCGUCGUGCACAAAACCGCCCCGGUUGCCCACCAUCACGGCGGCGAACACUACUAAAUAAGCCCAGUCCUAGAAAAUAAGCAUCGCACUGUCGUUGUAGACUGCGUUUUUGCCUUUUCUUACCAAAAAUUUAGUCACCGUGAAAAGUAUGUACGUCGCGGGCGCCAUGUUACGGAUGCUCUCUAACAACGAUCUAUCGUCGUCGGAUCAGUCCUCGAAGUCUGGUUCGCUGUCACCGGAAUCGCCGGAUCCCACUAAUUCGAGCUAAGCUUUUGGCAAACUCCGCUCGUUGUUCUGAACUGUGAUACCCCUCGUUGUUAUUUGUUAUUUUGUUAAAGUUGUUUUUUGGAUCAUUGAGGUUUCCGUCCCAAGCUUUGCAGCAACAUCGAAAACACUGGGCAAAGCAUUGAAAAGGAAACGAUAAAAUUUGAAUAAAGUAGCUACUUAACGAACGGAAAAGUCAAAAGCGUAAAACGAUCGGGAAAAGUCGAUACCGGGCAUGUUCCACGCAAGGCGCUGAACAACUGUCUGCGUUAUGUAAAUAGUUAAUUACCGAAGACCCUACCCAUUUCGGGGAACGCCAGUUGAAAACCAGUCCUAGCCACUACGGGCGAACAUCUCAUUUUCCCUAGUUAGGCCGAUGAUUUUUUCCAUAUGGCAUCCAGCUUACUCGAUUGAGAUAGGCCCAGGUGAUAAACGAUGCUCACGCCAAGAACUGGUCCCACCGCCAAUGAAAACCAACGUAGUCGCCUCAUGUGGACAAACAGGAAACAUCAAAAUGGGAAUCUAUCACCGUUGCAUCGUAAGUAAUUUCCUCCGCCCGCCGUGAGAUGCACCACCACUUGUGACGCAACGGCAACGAUUCUUCCUGACCAGCGGCAACUUUUACUGCUCUUGUUAUCUAUCGUGCGCAGUAAUGGAACGUGCAGAAAUGCGGACUAACGAGACUGAUCAUGCCUUUCCAACGCGACUGAUGGUUACUUUUCCAUUACUUCUUACCACCCGUUAACGAUCGUACAGUUUCAGUUUCAUCGGUAGCAAAAAGCAAAAACUUGUUACUUUGUAUUUAUGUUGAUAUAUAUAUUUUUACAUUAGACGGAGCUUUUUUUUCCUCGUGGCUCUUUCUUUCUUGUCUAUUAAUUGUUAGGCUAAUGCUGUUACGCUCUAGCUAGUUAAGCGUGAAUAAUGGAGGAGAAAAACCGUGCGAAAUAAAUGUUGCGAGAAAAUGAUGAUUAAAUAAAAAUGUGUUAAACAAUUGAA